AGCUUUGAGUUGUGCAAUCCUUUGUAGCACGCCAGAGAGUCCUCCUUUGCUGUUGCCUCUCGCCCUCUCUUUUUUUUUCAAGCUGUGAGCUCAACCGAUGAGUCAGAGCCGUGCAAUCCUGACACUGCAUCGCAGGACUGGGGUGACACGAAGGGAGGGAGAGCGCUCCCGAGGCAGACAGUACGGGCGCGGGGCGCACGGUUCCUGCGCCGUGAACGAGUUGGGGUGACAGCCCGCGCGUCCCGCCUCGGCCCUAGCAGCAAACUUCCCAGCUUAGGGAGGCGCUGGCCGGCGGAAGCCCAGCGAACGCCGCGGGGAGGCGAAGGCUGCUGUUUGUUUUUAAAAUCGGGGAGUGCGUGCAGGCGGCUGGAGUCCCGGAGGCGACCAAAGGCGGCGGCCCGCGGCGGAAGGGGGACAGUAGAGGCUUGAGCUCCUGCCAGAGCGGGCCUCCAGGACCCUGUGGAGCAUCAUGAACUGGGAAGAGUAGCUGCACCUCUCUGACAGAGGAAGGAAGAACAGGUCUCUGCCCGCGGCUGACUCCACUGUUCAGUGUCUUCCUCUGCUCCCUCCCUGUCCUCACUGGUGUCAGGACUAGGCUUCUAGCAGGACCUUUCCCCAGAGAAUGGGCAACUGGUGAAGCAGCUGUCACUACUGGGGCUCAGUUGACCACACCAUGAGCCUCCAGGCCCAGCCCAAAGCUCAGAACAAGCGCAAACGUUGCCUCUUUGUUGAGCAGGAGCCAGCUCCCAAAGAGCAGCCGCCGUCUCUACAGGCCCCACCUCAGUCCAUCCGCGUGAAGGAGGAGCAGUACGGAGGGCCCGAGGGUCCAGCAGGAGCUGCUUCCACCUCUCAGCCUGUGGAGCUGCCACCUCCCAGCAGCCUGGCUCUGCUGAACUCGGUCGUGUACGGACCUGAGCGGACCCCAGCAGCUAUGCUGUCCCAGCAAGUGGGCCCAGUGAAGUGGCCCAACUCUGUGAUGGCUCCAGGGCGGGGCCCAGACCGUGGAGCAGGUGGGGGUGUUAGUGACAGCAGCUGGCAGCAGCAACCUGGCCAGCCACCACCUCACUCCGCAUGGAAUCGCCUGUCCCUUUACGGUGGACCCAAAGGGAGCCCUCAUCCCGGUGUGGGGACCUCUGCCUACUACAACCACCCCGAGACACUGAAGCGGGACAAAGCAGGGGCCCCACAGCUGGACCGCUAUGGAAAUGCAGUGCGGCCCAUGAUGCCUCAGAAAGUGCAGCUGGAGGGGGGACAGCCUCAGGUGCCCGUAAACUCUUUCCACACAGCCAAGAAACCCCCAAACCAGACACUGCCCCUGCAACCCUUCCAGCUGGCAUUUGGCCACCAGGUGAACCGGCAGGUCUUCCGGCAGGGCCCAUCGCCUCCCAACCCUGGUGCUGCCUUCCCCCCGCAGAAGCAGCAGCAGCAGCAUCAGCAGCAGGCCGCCCUGCCCCAGAUGCAGCUCUUUGACAACUACUAUCCCAUUCAGCAGCCACCCUCCCAGCAGCCCCAGGACUUUGGCCUGCCACCAGCAGGACCACUGGGGCAGUCCCACCUGACCCACCACAGCAUGCCCCCUUACCCUUUCCCCCACAACCCAGAUAUGAACCCAGAACUGCGCAAGGCCCUCUUGCAAGAGGCAGCCCCGCAGCCUGUGCUACCUCAGCCCCAGAUCGCCUUUCCACGCCGCUCCCGCCGCCUCUCAAAGGAGGGGAUCCUGCCUCCCACCGCCCUGGAUGGGGUUAGCAACCAACCUGGGCAGGAGCCCACGAGCAAUCUGUUUCUUCCUCAUUGGUCUCUGCAGCAGCCGCCUCCUGGCUCCCUAGGGCAGCCUCAUCCCGAAGCUCUGGGAUUCCCGAUGGAACUGCGAGAGUCACAGCUGCUGUCUGAUGGGGAGAGACUGGCACCCAAUGGUCGGGAACGGGAGGCUCCCGUCAUGGGCUGUGAGGAGGGCCUGAGGGCAGGGGGCACAGGGGACUGUGGGCAGGUGCUACGAGGUGGGGUGAUCCAGAGCACAAGACGGAGGCGCCGGGCAUCCCAGGAGGCUAAUUUGCUGACCCUGGCUCAGAAGGCAGUGGAGCUGGCCUCACUGCAGAACACAAAGGAUGCCAACUGUUCUGAGGAGAAGCGGAAAAGUGUGUUGACCUCGACUACCAAGUGUGGGGUGGAGUUUUCUGAGCCAUCCUUAGCUGCCAAGCGAGCACGAGAAGACCCUGGGCUGGUGCCCCUCAUCAUCCCAGUGUCUGUGCCUGUGCGGGCUGUGGACCCAACCGAGGUGGCCCAAGUUGGAGGUGUUGAUGAAGAUGGGAAGGAUCUGAACCAGCACCCCACUGAGCACAAGCCUUCAGUUAUUGUCACCCGCAGGCGGUCCACCCGUAUCCCUGGAACAGACGCUUCAGCUCAGGCUGAGGACCUGAAUGUCAAGUUAGAAGGGGAGCCUUCCUUGCGGAAACCAAAGCAACGGCCCCGGCCCGAGCCCCUGAUCAUCCCCACUAAGGCGGGCACUUUCAUCGCCCCUCCUGUGUACUCCAACAUCACCCCCUACCAAAGCCACCUGCGCUCUCCUGUCCGCCUAGCUGACCACCCCUCUGAGCGCAGCUUUGAGCUGCCCCCCUACACACCACCCCCCAUCCUUAGCCCUGUUCGGGAAGGCUCCGGUCUCUACUUCAAUGCCAUCAUAUCAACCAGCAGCAUCCCAGCCCCUCCUCCCAUCACGCCAAAGAGCGCUCAUCGCACCCUGCUUCGAUCAAACAGUGCUGAAGUCACCCCGCCCAUCCUGUCUGUGAUGGGAGAGGGCACCCCUGUGAGCAUCGAGCCACGCAUCAAUGUGGGCACCCAGUUCCAAGCGGAAAUCCCCUUGAUAAGGGACCGUGCCCUGGCGGCUGCAGAUCCUCACAAGGCUGACCUGGUGUGGCAGCCCUGGGAGAACCUAGAGAGCACCCGGGAGAAGCAGAGGCAAGUGGAAGACCUGCUGACAGCUGCCUGCUCCAGCAUCCUCCCUGGCGCCGGCACUAACCAAGAGCUGGCCCUACACUAUCUGCACGAGUCUGGGGGAGACAUCCUGGAAACUCUGAAUAAGCUGCUACUGAAGAAGCCCUUGCGGCCCCUCAACCAUCCACUGGCAACUUAUCACUACACAGGCUCUGACCAGUGGAAGAUGGCUGAAAGGAAGCUGUUCAACAAAGGCAUUGCCAUCUACAAGAAAGAUUUCUUCCUGGUGCAGAAGCUGAUCCAGACCAAGACGGUGGCCCAGUGUGUGGAAUUCUACUACACCUACAAGAAACAAGUGAAAAUUGGUCGCAAUGGGACUCUUACCUUUGGAAACGUGGAUAUAAGUGAUGAGAAAUCAGCCCAAGAAGAGGUUGAAGUGGAUAUUAAGACUUCCCAGAAGUUCCCAAGGGUGUCUCUUCCCAGAAGAGAGUCCCCAGGUGAAGAGAGACUGGAGCCCAAGAGUGAGGAGAAGGAGCCCAGGAAAGAGGGGGAGGAAGAGGUCCCCGAAACCCAGGAGAAGGGGGAGCAGGAGGAGGGGCGAGAGCGCAGCCGGCGGGCAGCUGCUGUCAAGGCCACGCAGACACUCCAGGCCAAUGAGGUGGCCAAUGACAUCCUUAUCCUGCGAAGCCAUGAAUCCAAUGCCCCUGAGUCGGAGUCAGCAGGUGGCCAGGUCUCAGAGAAACCAAGGGAAGGGCCAGGGAAGUCACGAAGGGCACUGUCUUUCUCAGAGAAGAAGAAAAAAACAGAGGCAUUUAAUAAGACCCAGAACCAGGAGAACACUUUCCCUUGUAAAAAAUGUGGCAGGGUGUUCUACAAGGUGAAGAGCCGAAGUGCCCACAUGAAGAGCCAUGCAGAACAGGAGAAGAAGGCCGCAGCCCUGCGGCAGAAGGAAAAGGAGGCCAAAGAGGCUGCUGCUGCCACCCUGCGCCCUCAGGAAGAGAGUGCAGGCGAGAAGGGCUGAGUUCCACCUGGAACCUUGGGAGCAGAGUGAGCCCAGAGUGUCUUGUGGACAUUGCUCAGCAGAACAAUUCAGACAGUGAAAUAAAUGGCUUUUUUCUUUAUAAAGGCCCCAGGAGCAGUGUUAAGGGCUGCAGGAUCCAGUUCUCUUUGCCUUUGGUUUUUGGGAAGUCGUCCUCCUGCUUUCCUGGAGCUGUGAGCAUGCUGGUCCACUCUGCCUGGGGGAGCUGCUGGGAGCAGUUCUGACCUGGCUGCCUUAGCGCAGAGCAGCCUCCUCCCUCCUCUCACUCCCCUCCCUGCUUUUCCAGGAAGCCUCCUUGGCCAGCCAAGCACAAGCUCAACCCACUGCAGCGUAUUCCCAUCCCCCAGAGGACCUGAAGGCUGCAGUAAGGCCUUGCCCCAAGCAAGAGACUUCCUUUGUGUGUGUGUGUGGGGGGGCGCGCAUGGUGUCCAGACACCUGUGCUGUUCCUGCUGGCAAUGUCCAGGCCUGAGCUGCUCGAGUGACCCUCUCUGCAGGCCACUGCCUCACUCCGUGGAGCGUGAAGCCCAGGAAGGUGCCGGUCUGCCAAGUUUUCUCUGGUGUUUGGAGAAGGGGCCACUGUUCCUGUCCUUGUUCUCAGCCUGCUCCAGGGAAGGAACUGUACUGAGGCUGCAAGCUGAAGCCAGAGCCACAGGGCUGGGUUGUCGGGAGCUUUUGACAAGUCUCUCCUGCUUUCCAUCCACCAUUUUGCCAAAUACCUUUGGGCCCUGGAGGCUGCUAAGGGAGCUUAGCCUCAAGCAGGUCUUCAAGCUGGUGCCAGCUCCCUGCUUGCCUCUGUCCUGUCCUCAGUAGCAGCCACUUACACCCCCCCACCCCCACCCUUUUUGAUCCCCAAAGCUCAGCACUCUGCACCACGCUGGAGAUUUCUGGGUCCUUCCCUGGGAGAGGAGGUCUCCUGACGAAAUGGGAUGGAGCCUCCAUUCUUUGACUCGUGUCAUUUGGGAGCUAUUUAUUUAUUCUUAAUAUUUAAUUUUCAACAUCCUCAGGGACCAGGGGCCUCCUGCUUUCCAGAGGCCCAAGUGCAUUUAUCCCAAGACAAGGCACCUUCUUGACACCCCCAAUUCUCCAGGCUCUAGGGUCCCUCCUGUUGUUGGUGUGGAAUAUCUGACCACCAGUGAGAGUGACAGCACCACUGAAAAGAGGCUGGGAAGGUGGAGGGUGUUCCCAAAGCCACACAAAGACUAGCAGGAGUGAGGGGGAUCAAAGGCAGUUUCCAUUGCUCCCCUUUUGUACUUCAGAUGGCCUGCGAGAGUUGGCAGGAGGCUGGAAUUUUAGUUUUGUUUGCCAGGCCUGCAUUCUAGCUUGAAGAAGCCAUAUUUGGCAUGGGAUUACUGGAGUGAAGCAGCCUGAAGUUGCUUAAGGCCCCUUCACUUGCCAGUCUCAUGGGAACCUGAGUUGUUUUUCUGAUGUUGUUACUCAACUUUAGUUGUACAAAUGAAAUUCUGAGUGAAUGUGUAUAUGACAGGCCAGCGUGUUAGGAACCCGCGAUUCAUCUUGCUGCUACCUAGAGAUGGCCGGAAGACAUCGGGUCAGUAACUGGGAACGGAGAGGGAAUUUUGUUUUUAAACUAUGCACUAUGAGAUAUUUUAAAAUUAGUUUAUGCAUUAAUAAGGGUUUUAUAUGAUACCAAUUAUGAAGGUAACAAAACUCUCCACCCAGACUCGUAGACAACUACUUGGAUUCCAGCUUCCCCGCUAGUUUCUUCAUGGGCUUCUAUAUGCUCCAAGUCCCAAGACUGCAAAAAUCUGGUGGGCCCUCUAGAGGGAGGGCAGCAAAUUUCGGCUCUUUUCUAAAUCACUUGUAUACUAUGAGUGCCUUCACAGCUUAGCCCCAAAGUGCUACUUAUGCUUCCCAAGGAUUUUUCUGUUCUGUUUUGGUUUCAGGCCCCUUUAUGGACACGUGAUAACAGGACCUUCUCAGUCACUUGAGACCUUUCUGUUCAGGGGUAACAUUUAAUACUUGGGUUUCUUUUUUCUUUUCUUUUUCUUUUUCUUUCUUUCUUUUUUUUUUUUUUUUUUUUGGUAAGAAAAUGAUUAGAUUUUUCUAAGCUCACAAAGAAUAGACCAGGCAAACGUAGCCAAGGAAGAUGAAGGUGGUUCCUCCUGGUACCAUUUCAUCAGACCUGUUUUAGGAGAGCCUAUGUUCCAGAAUGCAUUUGUAUCUAGAAAGCAUUGUGAAAAGUGAAAUGUUUAGAGGACAGAUGCAAUUGUGGCAAGUGACCAUUCAGUAAAGUAAGAGUAGCCAUAGAAGCUAGCAUAGGUAUAUCCUUAAUGGUGCUUUCUCCCUAUGAAUAUAUAAGGCUUGUCUUUUGUUUUCCCCUCCUAUUUAGAGCUCUUUGCUUUAACAGGUUAAACUACACACAGCUCCAGCUUUAUAAUGUCCUCCCCCUCACCAUCUUACCAUGUCAAUCUCAGCCUCCCUUUGCAUUCAGUUAAAAGGUAGUGCCUGCUGUCUGUACCAUUCCUGAGGCCUCGUACCCACCUGAGGAGACAGUGCUGUCAUUACUGUCCUCCAUGCCUUUAGCAGCCCCCUUCCCGUCUGAGGUGCACGGCUGCCUGCCCCACUGACUCGCAUCGCCCACCUUGGCACAGAGGUCUUGUGCUGCUAUGUUUCCCUGUAUUAACUGCCUCAGUGGCCUAAACUCUUUUCUUCUCACGUGCCCGAAGUUAAGAUGGAGGAACACAACACAUACCCAAGCCUCAGCUGUCUUCAGUGUUUUCACUGGGGUUUACUUUUCUGGGAUGUUAUUUAUUAUCAAAAUGGCUAGCCCAACUCCUUAGGUUUACAGGAAGUAUGCAUAUUUUUAUAAUGCAAUUGUGUUUGCCCCACAUUUGGCUGUGUUAACAUUUGCCUCUGAUUAACAAUUUGUAGCUGUUUCACCUUUUCCUUACUCGUCUCAAAGCUGAAGGCCUUGUUGGAGGGGACAGAGCACAGAACAGCCUUGACAGACUGUAAUUAUUGUACAGAUAUUUUAAUAGCAUAUAAAUAAGUAUAUUCCUUUUAUUUUGAAACAAAAAUCAGACACUGCCUUUUGUGUGUUUGCUGCCUGUGGCACCCUUUUUUUAAAAAGACUGUUACAUAUUAAAAUAGUGUACAUAUAUAAAUAUAUAUAUAUAAAUAUUACCUCUUUCGCUGUACAGUUGUGAUAGACCAGACGGAAGAUUUUAUUUUUUGUGUGCUUUUUAUAAAAAAUUAAUACACUAAAGAAUCUUGCUGAAGUGAUUGUAAUGUAUCUAUGUAACUUAUUUACUUUUGAAUGUUCUUCUGUAUCUUUAAACCUUUUAUUAAAUAAGGUUUUAAAACCUCA